GAGCCGCAGCUUCCGCCCGGACCGCAGUUAUAAAACCUCCGCGGAGCUCCACGGACCCUCAAACUCCUCCUGCGUCCGGGCGAAUGGGGUUUGACGGGUUCUGCAGUCCCGACAGUUCCGACCCGUUCUGGGACUGGAACCGAACAUGGAACACGUCCAAUCCGGACCUCACGCCGUGUUUCCAGAACACGGUCCUGGUCUGGGUGCCAUGCAUCUACCUCUGGAUCUGUGUCCCCGUCUACCUCAUCUACCUCCGCAGCCACAACAACGGCUACAUCUGCAUGAGCCACCUCAACAAAGCCAAAACCGCCGUGGGCUUCCUGCUGUGGAUGGUCUGCUGGUCGGACGUGUUUUACUCCCUGUGGGAGCGGAGCCACGGCGGCAGCGUCCCGGCGCCCGUCCUCCUCAUCAGCCCCACCGUCCUGGGCCUCACCAUGCUGCUGGCCGCCAUCGUGACCCAGUAUGAGCGGAUGAAAGGGGUCCAGUCGUCCGGCGUGAUGCUCGUCUUCUGGCUGCUGGCUCUGCUCUGCGCCUCCGUCUCCUUCAGAUCCAAGAUCCUGCAGGCCCUGCAGCAGCCGCUGACGGUGUCGGUGUGGCGGUACACCACCUUCUACCUGUACUACGCCCUGCUGCUGGUGGCGCUGGUCCUGUCCUGCCUCACCGACCAGCCGCCCCUCUUCUCCCAGAUGGUGAAGGACCCGAAUCCCUGUCCGGAGCCCGGAGCCUCCUUCCUCUCCAGGAUCACCUUCUGGUGGAUCACCAGGAUGAUGGUGACGGGCUACAAGCGCCCCCUGGAGGAGAAGGACCUGUGGACCCUGAACCCUGAGGACCGCUCCCACAGCGUUGUCCCCCGCCUGGUGGAGUGCUGGAACACCGAGUGCCACAACAUCAAGAAGACAGAACACCAAACAGUGUUCUCCCCCAAGCGGGCCCCCCGCGGAGAGGACAAAGACGGCAACCCCGUGGAGGAGUCUGAGAUCCUGCUGAUGAAAAACUCCAAGAAAACAAAGGAGGCCUCCCUUCUGUGGGCGCUGUGCCUGACCUUUGGGCCCUACUUUCUCAUUUCCUGCCUGUACAAGAUCAUCCAGGACAUCCUCAUGUUCGUGGGGCCUGAGAUCCUCCGACUGCUCAUCCGCUUCAUCAACGACUCCAGCGCCCCCUCCUGGCAGGGCUUCUUCUACACCGCCCUGCUCUUCCUGUGUACCUGUGUGCAGUCGCUCAUCCUGCAGCAGUACUUCCACGUGUGCUUCAUCUCCGGCAUGCGCCUGCGGACCGCCGUCAUCGGCGCCGUCUACAGGAAGGCGCUGGUCAUCACCAGCGCGGCCCGCCGGACCUCCACGGUGGGAGAGAUCGUCAACCUGAUGUCUGUGGACGCCCAGCGCUUCAUGGACCUGAUCACCUACAUCAACAUGAUCUGGUCCGCUCCUCUGCAGGUGGUGCUGGCCCUCUACUUCCUCUGGCAGAACCUGGGCCCCUCCGUGUUGGCAGGAGUGGCCGUGAUGGUUCUCAUGGUUCCUGUUAACGCCGUUAUCGCCAUGAAAACCAAAGCCUACCAGGUGGCUCAGAUGAAGAGCAAAGACAACCGCAUCAAGCUGAUGAACGAGAUGCUGAACGGGAUCAAGGUGCUGAAGCUGUACGCCUGGGAGCUGGCCUUCAAGGACAAGGUGUCUGCGAUCCGGGAGAGCGAGCUCAAGGUCCUGAAGAAGACGGCGUACCUGGGCGCCAUCUCCACCUUCACCUGGGUGUGCGCGCCCUUCCUGGUGGCGCUGUCCACGUUCACCGUGUACGUGCUGAUCGACGAGCGCAACGUCCUGGAUGCCCAGAAGGCCUUUGUGUCUCUGGCGCUCUUCAACAUCCUGAGGUUUCCUCUCAACAUGCUGCCCAUGGUCAUCAGCAGCAUGGUGCAGGCCAGCGUGUCUCUGAAGCGUCUGCGGGUGUUCCUGUCCCACGAGGAGCUGCAGGAGGACAGCGUGGAUCACCGGGCCGCAGGCUCUCCACACAGCAUCUCCGUGGUGGACGGCGCUUUCAGCUGGUCCAAGGCCGAGUCGCCCACACUCAAGAGGCUGAAUGUGUGUAUUCCAGAAGGCUUCCUGGUGGCCGUGGUGGGACACGUGGGCUCGGGGAAGUCCUCGCUGCUCUCGGCCCUCCUCGGAGAGAUGGACAAGAUGGAAGGAAGUGUGACCGUCAAGGGUUCUGUGGCCUACGUUCCCCAGCAGGCCUGGAUCCAGAACUCCAGCCUGAAGGACAACAUCGUGUUCGGCCAGGAGCGGAGGGAGGCGUGGUACCAGCAGGUGGUGGAGGCCUGCGCCCUGCAGCCCGACCUGGAGAUCCUCCCCGCCGGAGACGAGACCGAGAUCGGAGAGAAGGGCGUGAACCUGUCCGGAGGGCAGAAGCAGAGGGUGAGCCUGGCCAGAGCCGUGUACUGUGACCGAGCGGUGUACCUGCUGGACGACCCGCUGUCCGCCGUGGACGCCCACGUGGGAAAGCACAUCUUCGACAAGGUGGUGGGUCCUCAGGGACUGCUCAAAGACAAGACCCGUGUGCUGGUGACCCACGGCCUCAGCUACCUGCCGCAGGUCCACCUGAUCCUGGUGAUGGUGGAAGGAGAGAUCACGGAGGCCGGCUCCUACCAGCAGCUCAUGGCCACGGACGGAGCGUUCGCCGAGUUCCUGCGGACCUACGCCACCGUGGACCAGGGCGACGGCAACGCUGCAGAGUCCACGCCGAAGACGGUCCCCAAGGAGGCGGAGAACGGCAGCGUCGCCUCGCUGGUGGGUGUGUCCAGUGUGUCCACAGCGGACAAGGAGCAAAGCAAGAAACCCAAGAACCCCGACGUGGGGAAACUGACCGAGGCCGACAAGGCCAGCACGGGGCAGGUCAAGCUGUCGGUGUUCUGCUCCUACCUGAAGGCCGUCGGCGUCGUCCUGUCCUCCAUCAGCCUGCUGCUCUUCUUCGCCCAUCACCUCCUCUCCCUCUUCUCCAACUACUGGCUCAGCAAGUGGACGGACGACCCGGUGGUCAACGGCACGCAGCCCGACCGGGAGAUGAGGCUCAGCGUAUACGGAGCCCUCGGCGUGUCGCAGGGCGUGGCGGUCUUCGGGUACUCCCUGUCCAUGUCCAUCGGCGGCAUCCUGGCGUCCCGCUUCCUGCACCAGUCCAUGCUGUACAACGUGCUGCGCUCGCCCAUGUCUUUCUUCGAGCGCACGCCCAGCGGCAACCUGGUGAACCGCUUCGCCAAAGAGAUGGACACCAUCGACUCCAUGAUCCCCCUCAUCCUCAAGAUGUUCCUGGGCUCCAUGUUCAACGUGCUGGGAGCGUGCGUCAUCAUCCUGAUCGCCACGCCGCUGGUCGCCAUCAUCAUUCCCGUCUUCGGCUUGCUCUACUUCUUCGUGCAGCGGUUUUACGUGGCGUCCUCACGCCAGCUGAAGCGCCUGGAGUCGGUGAGCCGCUCCCCCAUCUACACCCACUUCAGCGAGACGCUGCUGGGCACCUCCGUCAUCCGGGCCUUCGGCGAGCAGGAGCGCUUCAUCCAGGAGAGCGACCGGCGGGUGGACCACAACCAGAAGGCCUACUAUCCCAGCAUCGUGGCCAACAGGUGGCUCGCCAUUCGCCUGGAGUUCGUGGGAAACUGCAUCGUGUCGUUUGCAGCUCUGUUCGCAGUCAUCGCCAGAGAGAGUCUGAGCCCGGGCAUCAUGGGACUGUCCAUAUCCUACGCCCUCCAGCUGACGGCCUCGCUCACCUGGCUGGUCCGGAUGUCCUCCGACGUGGAGACCAACAUCGUGGCUGUGGAGAGAGUGAAAGAGUACAGCGACACCGAAAAAGAGGCAGAGUGGAAACACGAGCCCAGCACCCUGAACCCCGGCUGGCCCACCGUCGGCCACAUCGAGUUCAAAAACUUCGGCCUGCGUUACCGUGACGACCUGGACCUGGCCAUCCGCGACAUCAGCCUCAGCAUCAGCGGCGGGGAGAAGGUGGGCAUCGUGGGGCGGACGGGAGCCGGGAAGUCGUCGCUGACUCUGGGUCUGUUCCGGAUCAUCGAGGCGGCCGAGGGACAGAUCUUCAUCGACGGAGUGAACAUCGCGGAGCUGGGACUCCACGAGCUGCGGUCCAGAGUCACCAUCAUCCCUCAGGACCCGGUGCUGUUCUCCGGCUCUCUGAGGAUGAACCUGGAUCCGUUCGACUCCUACUCAGACGAGGAGGUGUGGAGGGCUCUGGAGCUGUCCCACCUCAAGACCUUCGUGUCGGGCCUGCCGGAUAAACUCGGCCAUGAGUGCAGCGAAGGAGGAGAAAACCUCAGCGUGGGUCAGAGGCAGCUGCUGUGUCUGGCCCGAGCUCUGCUGAGGAAGACCAAGAUCCUGGUCCUGGAUGAAGCCACGGCCGCCGUUGACAUGGAAACCGACAACCUGAUCCAGUCCACCAUCCGCUCCCAGUUCGAGGACUGCACCGUGCUGACCAUCGCUCACCGCCUCAACACCAUCAUGGACUACACCAGGGUUCUGGUUCUGGAGCGGGGCCGCAUGGCCGAGUUCGACUCUCCGUCCAGUCUCCUGACUCACAGAGGAGCUUUUUACCACAUGGCCAAAGACGCUGGGCUGGUCUGAAGGGGGGGGGGGUCACCGGGGUCACCGGGGUCACGCCGGGUCACAGGGUAGCGGGGGCCGCAGCGUGGGCUGGUUGGAGGGCAGAAGAGCCUCCGGGUCCCCGUCCUGAGCCUCCUGUGCUGCGGGGGGCGCCAGAGUCCAGCAGGACGAGCUGUUAGUUCUUUAGUCUGGUCUGUUUCUGUGCUGCGACAGGAAGUCCUCCAGAGACUGAAGCAGGGACGAGACCUCCAGAGAAAAAACUGCUGGUUUGCUUUUGUUUUAGUGCGAAACGUGCCAAUACGAGGAGUUCCUUCAGAACGGAAAACCUGAAAAGUUAAGUUUUCGCCUUUAAAAAAAAAAAAAAAAAGUAAAUAUAAGAGAAGUUAAUUUUAAAUACCAUGGAAAUUCCAGUGAAAGUUUCCUUUGCGGCGUCUUUUACAUGAUUUCUAUCGUUCACGUUUCUACUCAUGCUAAUGUUCCGCUAGCGCUGAGGAAUCUAGCUUCCACCGGCUUCCAGUCAUAAAGCCGGAAGUAAUGUUCAGUUUGACUUUAUUGUGAAAAUAUUGAACUCCUUCAGGUUUUCUCGGUAAACAUUUGAAUGUACAGAGGGUUUUCUUUCGUGGGAGUGGGGAGCGGUGGCGGAGCGCCCCCCUCAGGGCGGACGCCUCGUCGCGACGCUGCGGUGGAAGGUUUUCCCAGAGGGCUGCAGUCCGCGCUCACCGUAACGCAGCUGCUGGAGCAGGCAGCCGUGAGCACGGCCCAAGGGCUCACGGUUCGAGUGCAGAGUGGAGUGUGUGUGUGUGUGUGUGUGUGUGUGAGAAAGAACACACACUGCUCUCCUCAGCUCGGCCGCUGUGUUGUGAGAUUUCCUCCUUCUGCACUGAUUUCUUAUGGAGGAACAAAACUGCCAUCAUUAAAAAUACAUACAGAAAUAUAAAAACGGGUCAACAUAUACAUUGAUGUGCCAAUAAAUCAUACAAAAUGAAUAAUUAAUCAUUUAUUUUCAUGAGAAAAUCUAUAAAAUGUGACUGAAAAUAUAUAUUUAUUUUGUCAUUUUUUCUUAACUCUAGCUAUGUUAUAUUUAUUUUAAAGUUGAUUGGCCAAUAGGUGAGGAGCUGACGCCAAGACCCGCCUUGAAGCCCCGCCCCCUCAUUUACAUAGUGAUGCAGAAAUAAAUAUGUGGCUAAAAGUACAGGAAGAAAAUCACAGAUUGGAAAUAAUAAAGAUAUAAAUGUGACAGUGAAUAAAAAAGUGUCAACAAAUAAAGUGUCAGAUGACAAUAAAAUGCAGAAACAUAAUUUGGAGAAAAGAAUGUAAAACGUAAACACAAAAAUAAACACAGGCAUCAAAAUUAAUGAGGAAAGAAAUUUGAAAAAUAAAAGAAUCACCAAAUAGAUAUUUUCAGUCACAUUUUAUAGAUUUUCUCAUGAAGAACAAUUUUUUUUAACAUUAUUUAUUGGCUCAUAAAUGUAUAUAUUGACCCAUCUGUAAAUGUCUAUUUAUUUAUUAUUAUGGCAGUUUUGGUCCUCCAUAAUUUCUUGCUUUAAUCUGAUGUGCGUGCGUGCGUGUGUGUGUGUGUGUGUGCGCGCGCGCGCGCGUGUAUGUGUGUGUGCGUGUGUGUGUGUGUGUGUGCGUGCGCGCUCUAACGGGCAUUUUGAAAACAGAAUGUUGUGAACUGGGUGGGUCUGAGGGAACUGGCCUCGUCCAUGUUGGAUUCAGGUCAUCUGCUGAAAUCCCAUUUAAAUUCACCCUGACGAGUUACAGAUGUCCGGUCGUGUGAUGAAGCAAACGGCUUCCCAGUUCGAUCAUAAAGAUGGACGAGGUGCCUCUCCAGUACAUUCGGUCCUUUUUUCAUGUGACGUUAUUGGAGCAGUUGUGGCCUGAUUUUAAAUCCCGUCCUCGUUCUGCCUCAUCCACGCCGUCUGAGAUCUUUACUUCCUGAAGGUGUUCUGAUUGGUCUGGCUGGUUUUCUCUCUGACCCACAUGUUGGUGGCUCUGUGUGUUUCUGUGAUUUUGUUUAUUUUUUUAAUUGAAUAAAGCUUUUCCGGAUCA